UCUUCUCCUUAUUCUUUAUGCCUGGUAGCUAAAGCCUUUCACAACCUCCAUUUCCUCUUCAAAAACGCACCCUAUUCUUCCUUCUUUGCAUCGCAUUUGUUCUUGAAUCUCUUGGUAUUCUUCUCAGCCUCUCAUCAGAGAGAGAAAGAAGGGAAGAGAGAGAUGGAAAGAAUGUUCCCUACUAAGAAGCCUUCAACUAUGAAUUCUCAUGACAGAACCAUGUGUGUCCAAGGUGACUCAGGGCUUGUCCUCACCACAGACCCAAAACCACGCCUUCGUUGGACUGUUGAACUCCAUGAACGCUUUGUUGAUGCUGUUACUCAGCUUGGAGGGCCUGAUAAGGCUACUCCUAAAACAAUCAUGAGGGUUAUGGGUGUGAAGGGUCUUACCCUUUACCACCUCAAGAGCCACCUUCAGAAAUUUAGGCUUGGAAAGCAGCCCCACAAGGAAUUCAGUGAGCACAGUUCGAUUAAGGAUGGUAUGAGAGAACUGCAAAGAAAUACUAGCUCCUCGUCUUCAAUGAUUGGCCGCAACAUGAACGAGAUGCAAAUGGAGGUGCAAAGAAGAUUACAUGAACAACUAGAGGUUCAAAAACACCUUCAGCUGAGGAUUGAGGCUCACGGAAAAUACAUGCAGAGUAUAUUGGAGAAGGCUUAUCACACAAUUGCAGGUGAAAACAUGGCAUCUUCUGCUUCCAACUCAAAGGUUAUUGGAGCUCAAGGCAUUCCUGAAAUGGGGGUCAUGAAAGAAUUUGGUUCCCCUCUUAAUUUCCCUUCUUUUCAAGAUCUUAACAUUUAUGGUAGUGGUGACCAACUUGAUCUUCAGCAGAACAUGGAGAGGCCAACCCUUGAUGGGUUUGUGCCAUCUAAUGAAAAUCUUUUUCUUGGGAAGAAGAGGCCAAGCCUUUAUAGUGGGAGUGGAAAGAGCCCUUUGAUUUGGAAUGAUGAUUUCAGGCUUCAAGAUUUGGCAAUGGCUAAUUCGUCAUGCAUUAGUCCUCAAGAUGAUGAUCCUUACAAAGGUGACCAGAUUCAGAUUGCACCAUCAGCAAUGGAUAGAGGUGCUGAGAGUGAUUCUAUGUCUGAGAUCUAUGACACAAAGAAAGCACUCCAGGGAGAAACUCUUGGUGAGAAGAAAUUUGAUGUAUCUAUGAAGCUUGAAAGGCCAUCACCAAGAAGAACGCCUCUUCAAUCAGAAAGGAUGUGUCCUAUGAUCAAUACUGGUAGAAGCUCACAAUUUGGUUGAAACUCAUGCAUGAUUUGAUUAUGUAAUCGACUUCAUGUGAGACUCUUAUUAGUAGUACAAGGUUUAGGAUUUUGAAUUUGGUCAUAGAAAUCAACAGUUCAUACGAGGGUUAUUUCCUCCCAAGUACCAUUUGUUUAUGGUAUAUAAUGCCUUUGCAUGGCAAAUCAAAAGUUUAAUUCUAAUUUUAUAUAUUAAAGCAUGCGUGUUAAUUGUACUUGAACGUGACCAUUAAU